GGCCAACUUAAGUUCGAAAGAAAUAUGAGAGUUUUAUUUGAUUAAAUAAAGGAUAAGAGAGUCUUGAUCCGAGACUUGCACAGGUAGUUGGUGUCCGGCUAUCAUCGUUUGAAGAUGCUGAGCAUUUCGUGGUCUGCUGCUGGAUGGAGUCCAUUGUCGCUGAUUAUGACGACCCUGGUCGGAUUGCUGGCCGGCUAUUAUUGGGUAUGGAGUCGUUCUCGUUUUGUUCGCCUCAUUGACGCUCUGCCCGGACCCAAGCCACUCCCCGUCCUGGGCAACAUUCUCGAUCUUUUGAAAUAUUCUACUGACAGGCGAUUGUGUGUUGAUUGGAUCAAACAGAACGGAUAUAUUUUCCGAAUAUUAAUCAGUUACUAUCCGGUGGUUCACGUCUCUCAUCACGAAUUAUUGGAACCAAUUCUUUCCAAUCAAAAUCACAUAACAAAAUCGGACGAAUACAAAUUUGGUUUACCUGAAAACUGCCUUAUUGUGUUAGCGGGUGACAAAUGGCGUCACCGUCGCCGAUUGCUGACUCCGGCGUUCCACUUUAAAAUUCUCGAUGGAUUCAUGGACUCCAUCAAUGAAAAGAGCUUUGCCUCCACUGCCAAAAUGGAAGAAAUUCUGGGAACAGCUGGAAGCAAAGAAAUUGACGUCUUUCCAAUUAUGGUCAAGCUGGCUUUCGAUGUUCUCUGCGAAACUUCCAUGGGCAAGAAUACGUGGAGUGAACAGGACACGAAUACAUACGCAGAGAAUGUCGAGGGUAUGGAGCACAUCUUUAUGGAACGUGCCGUCCGUAAACCGUGGCUGAGGAUCGAUUGGAUUUACAAAUUCACCCCACUUUACCGCAAACAAAUUCGGUACUCUUCUUUCUUAGUCACCUUCUACGAAAAGGUGAUUCGAGAACGCCGUGAAUUUCACAGACGAAACGCAGAGAAAUACGCAAUAAGUCAGCCAAUGUUGAACAAUAACGCCGACGAUGAAGAGGUCAACUUCUUACAACCAAAGGAAAGAUUAGCCUUUUUGGAUUUAUUAUUAAAAAUAUCAGAAGAGAAUCCCGAAUUGGACGACAAGGCGAUCGGUGACGAAAUUUCCCUUUUUAUGCCUGCGGGUUUGGAUACAACAUCUGUGGCCAUGAAUUGGUUUCUUUACCUUGUCGCUAAACAUCCGGAACACCAGGUGCUAUACGUUUUGCAAGUAUACAUAUAUAAUAGAAAAACUAUAAUAUUAAAUGAAUUUUUUUAUUUGAUUCAGAAAUUGGUGACGGACGAAUUGGAACUGGUUUUUGGCGAAUCCGAUCGGCCGGUGACGGCGCAAGACUUGACUCAGCUCAAAUAUUUGGAGUGUUGCAUCAAGGAAUCUUUGAGGUUGUAUCCAUCCAUUCCAGUAGUAGCGCGAUACUUAACGGAAGAAGUUCAAGUUGGUGAUUACACUUUACCAAAGGGCUUGACAGUUCUAAUAAAUAUUUACAUGACCCAUCGCAAUCCAGAGGUUUAUCCUGAUCCGGAUGCUUUCAAGCCGGAACGAUUCCUUCCGGAGAACUGUAUCGGUCGGCAUCCAUACGCUUUCAUUCCAUUUAGCGCCGGACCCCGCAAUUGCAUCGGACAAAAGUUCGCCAUGUUGGAAAUCAAAAUUUCACUUGCUAACAUAUUGCGGCGGCUGCGAUUUUCUCAUUCGGAUAUGUCGGGUCCACUUGAAAUCUCUACAAUGCAACUUACUUUUAAACCCAAGGACAAUCAAUGCAAAUUAAUCGUCUCUAAAAAAAUCGCCCAAUAAUCUUUUAAAAUUGUAUUACAACGAACUAAAAGGAAAAUAAAAUAAAAUUCUUCUCCCA